AUGUCUGCAACCAAGAUCCAGCAGCCCGUCUACAAGCUGUACGAGCCCGGCUACCAUCCUCAUCGGACCAUUAUUCUCGACGAGCAGGUUGAAUCGCCAGAGACACUGACGAUUCGGCUUGAAGAGGAGGCUGCCAGAAACGGAGGAAACCUCAGCGGGGGAUGCCCCCCUGGUCUCCUGCCAUUACCCAUGUCUGCGUAUAAGCCGCAACCGUCUCCGCUGCACGGGUAUGCAGACUCCUAUUCGCAAUACUCCUCUCAGACGUUCCCAUCACAGCAGACAGACAAUGCGGCGGCACAACUCAACCAGAUGGCUUUUGCGGCCAACAGUCCAGCAUCAGCACAGUACCUAGACGCUCAAGUAACGCCGGCGGUCAACAUCAGCGUCCUGUCAUGUAAUCCCAGCAGCGGCUCCUCUGGUACCAAGGUAUCGGUGAAAGCGACAUGCCAAUACGACCUCCUCGGCAGCGGUCUCUCAGCGCCGGCACCCUUCGUUUCGCUUGUUUUUGGUUCGCAGCGGUGCAGUGCGCAUGUCUCGAGAGACUCGCGGGACGGCAACGGCGUUUGCACUUACACCCUUACGGCCGAGGCUCCACAGUUCAUCAGCACUGGUUCUCCGUCUCUCAGCAACUUGCCCUUAACGUUGUUGUUGGAAAAUGCGAAUGGGGAGGAAAUAGCACGUGUCGGGAACAUUGGUGCGUUUUCUUAUCGUGAUGCCCAUGACAGUGCUAGGGGCGGUGCUGGAGUGCCUGAUGACAGCAGCCAGUCGGAUCUGGGGUCCCCCAAGACCCGAUCACCUGUCCACCGGGCCAGCCCACCACACCAGGUUUCACAGGGCAGGCCAAAGCCAGCCAGCCCCGUUGUUCACCAGCAGCUGCCCGAUGACGCACCCACAAAUACGUACGGCUACUCUUCCAGCGUCUCGGCCGCCACUGCUGCGGCACAGAUACAAGCUCAAUCUCAAAUUCCCGACUUCUCCGCUACCUCUACGGGCUCCUACAGCCAGGGCAACAGCAACAUGUUGUUCUCGUACCGAGCGGCAUCCUUCACGGACCACUACUCGCGCGCGCCUCCCAUCCUACGGUCACCACACGGGACAGGUUGGAUGUUUAACAGCCAGCUCGACCCCCUGCGAGCCCCUACGUCGGCUCUUGCACACAGCACGCAUGACACCGUUCGCCGACCCAGCUUGACUCUGCUGCAGCACUCGGCCUCUCCAGCGCCUCAACUCAUAAGGACCAGCACGCUCAACCAGCCGGCCAGCGGGUUCCCUGGCUAUGGAGUCUACCAGGAGAAGGCGACACUCAAGAUUGUUGGCGAUCUCGCGUCCAUGUCGGAGGGCUGGACUCAAGAAGAGUGGGAAAACAAGAGGAGGCUGGUGCUCUUCAAGAAACAGCAGGCUGGGAGCACACUCACAGUCAGCUUCAAGCCUGUCAGUGUUGCGGAACGCCCUCCUCAUAGCAUCUGCAUCAGCUGCAUCUGGUGGCAGGAGAAGCAGGCCUGUUAUGUGACGUCGGUCGACACCAUCCAUCUGCUCGAGCAGCUGCUCGCCGCCCCGAAUCGGUUUGGCGUCGACGAAAAGAACCGCAUUCGCAGGAACCUCGAGGGGUUUCGCCCGGCAACCGUCAGCAAGUCUCGAUCCGAGAGCGAGGAGUUCUUCAAGGUGAUCAUGGGCUUCGGGAAUCCCAAGCCCCGGAAUAUUGAGAAGGACGUCAAGGUGUUCCAAUGGAAAGACCUUGGCUCAGCCCUCUACAAGAUCAUCUCCAAGUAUAGUGCUUCAACAACCACCACCCUCAUGACCCCAGCAACCUCAACCCCCGUUCCCGCCGCCGUCGGCCUCGGCGGAAGCUACCCAGGCCUGCCUCCGACCCCUGUAUCCGCGACAUCAAGUGCCGCUGCAGAUCCUGCUUCGGCCGCAAGCUACGUUGGCGCCACCGGCCAUCACCAUGCAGAUUCCUUGACGAGCCCCCGCACUUUAACCGGUGGGACAUCGGUAUGGCCGACAUCAUACGGCUCGGCGGCCGCCAAGACAAUGUCACCGGCUCUCAAGACGAACCCACCAGUUACGGACUCUAGUCUGCGCCUCUCUACCACCCUGCCGGUAGUCUACGAUCAUCGCGGUUCCACACACAGCCUAACAUCACCGUACGGCUCAACCGGAUCGUCGUCCCAUCACUCCCACAGCACACACCAUGGGCAUGGAGGAACGUACGGUCACCAUCCUGCGGUUCCCGCGUCCCAGAGCCAGCCAAGGAACUGGGAGGGCUAUUCAGUUGCAGAGGGAUAUCCCAGCCACACGGGCGGUGGUCACAGCCAGAUGUAUGGUGGCGGAGCGUACGGUGACGGUGGGCCCCGUGCCUGA